AUGAACCCCUACGACCUCCGCUUCGCCGACCCCUCAUCCUACCACGACAGGCGCACCGACCUGGCCGUGGCUCCUACGUUCGCUCCGCCGGCUCCCGUGGCUGCGGUGAACCCGAACCCUUACGCCACCGCCUACCCGCCCGUGCCCGUGCCCGUGCCCGCGGCCCCCGCGGGCGGCGACUACCAGCGCUACGGGCAGGGCGGCAGAGGCCGUGGUGGAGGCGGCAGAGGAGGUGGAGGCGGCUAUGGAGGUGGCGGUGUGUAUGGAGGUGGCGGUGGUGGGUAUGGAGGUGGCGGCAGAGGAGGAGGUCGCGGGAGGGACGGGCUUGACUCGCUCGCCCUCCCUAAGCCGGACUUCCGGAGCCUGAUACCGUUCGAGAAGAACUUCUACGUGGAGUGUCCCUCCGUCCAGGCUAUGUCGGAGGCGGAUGUGGCGCAGUACCGCCGCCUCCGGGAUAUCACCGUAGAGGGCCGGGAUGUGCCCAAGCCGGUCCGAUACUUCCAGGAAGCCAACUUCCCAGAUUACUGCAUGCAAGCCAUUGCCAAAUCUGGAUUUGUGGAGCCAACUCCUAUUCAAUCUCAAGGUUGGCCUAUGGCUUUGAAGGGUAGGGACCUGAUUGGUAUCGCUCAAACAGGCUCAGGGAAAACAUUAUCUUAUCUGCUACCUGGGUUGGUUCAUGUUGGUGCCCAGCCUCGGCUAGAACAAGGCGAUGGCCCAAUUGUAUUAAUCCUCGCCCCCACAAGAGAACUGGCUGUUCAAAUACAGGAAGAAUCUACAAAAUUUGGAUCAUAUUCAAGAACUAGAAGCACAUGUGUCUAUGGUGGUGCACCUAAGGGUCCACAAAUACGUGACCUUAGAAGAGGAGUUGAAAUUGUCAUUGCAACUCCUGGUCGGUUGAUUGAUAUGCUGGAAGCCGGCCACACGAACCUACGUAGAGUGACAUACCUUGUGCUGGAUGAGGCAGACCGGAUGCUAGAUAUGGGAUUUGAGCCCCAAAUUCGAAAAAUAGUUGCACAGAUCCGCCCAGAUAGGCAAACCUUGUACUGGAGUGCCACUUGGCCUAAAGAAGUUGAAGCCUUAGCAAGACAGUUUCUGCAAAAUCCUUACAAGGUAAUCAUAGGAUCACCUGAACUUAAAGCUAAUCAUUCCAUACAACAAAUUGUUGAAGUUAUUUCAGAUCAUGAGAAGUAUCCAAGACUCAGUAAGCUCUUGUCUGAUCUAAUGGAUGGGAGCCGUAUCUUGAUAUUCUUCCAAACAAAAAAGGACUGCGAUAAGAUCACACGGCAACUUAGAAUGGAUGGGUGGCCAGCAUUAUCUAUACAUGGUGAUAAAGCUCAAGCUGAACGGGACUAUGUUCUUGCAGGGUUUAAGAGUGGCAAGAGUCCCAUAAUGGCUGCCACAGAUGUGGCAGCACGUGGUCUUGAUGUGAAGGACAUAAAGUGUGUGAUAAAUUAUGAUUUUCCAACAACUCUUGAAGAUUAUAUUCACAGGAUAGGUCGAACUGGCCGUGCUGGUGCUAGCGGAACUGCAUUUACUUUUUUCACACAUGCAAAUGCUAAGUUCUCAAGGAAUCUAGUGAAGAUUCUGCGGGAAGCUGGCCAAGUUGUGAAUCCUGCACUCGAGUCCAUGUCCAAGUCAUCAAACUCAGGGGGAGGAGGCAAUUUCCGGUAUAGAGGCAGAGGUGGGUUUGGUAACCGGGGUCAUAUGUCUGGAUCAAAUACCUUUACUUUAGGUGGAAGAAGGCCAUAUUGA